GGAGGAAGAGGAGGGGGGUAUGAGGAAGGCGGGCAACAGCCGUUGAAGUCGGCUUGGCUGAGGUGGCUCAGGGUCAGGAUGUAUACUCUGCUAUCUGGGCUUUACAAGUAUAUGUUCCGAAGGGAUGAAUACUGCAUCUUGAUCCUCGGACUGGACAAUGCUGGUAAAACGACCUUCCUUGAACAGACUAAAACAAGAUUUAACAGGAACUACAAAGGAAUGAGUUUAUCCAAAAUCACAACUACUGUGGGCUUGAACAUUGGCACUAUAGAUGUGGGCAAAGCCAGGCUAAUGUUCUGGGAUCUUGGAGGACAAGAGGAGCUUCAAUCUCUCUGGGAUAAGUAUUAUGCAGAGUCCCAUGGCGUCAUCUACAUUAUCGACUCCACCGAUGAAGAAAGGCUUUCGGAAUCAAAACGAGCUUUUGAGAAGAUGGUAACUAGUGAAGUCCUGGAAGGUGUUCCAUUGUUGGUUCUAGCGAACAAGCAAGACGUGGAGAGUUGCCUGUCGAUCCCUGACAUCAAAACGGCUUUUAGCGACUGCAUCAACAAAAUCGGGAAGAGAGACUGCCUGACCCAAGCCUGCUCUGCUCUGACAGGGAAAGGGGUGAACGAAGGGAUCGAAUGGAUGGUGAAGUGCGUAGUGAGAAAUAUCCAUCGCCCCCCCAGGCAGAAGGACAUCACGUAAAGGACCACUGAGGAACUGAGCACUGGACACCUUUGUCCCGCACAGACUCGCUGCUCUUUCUCUUCCUUUCUCCCUCCCUACCCUCUCUCUCCCACCCCCAAAGAGAUCUGGCCUGGGCUCAAGGCACGAAUGUCCUCUUUCAGUGUCUCACAAGAGAACUCCUUGGCGGGAGAAGUCAGACCGAAGUCUUUACCUUGUGCUCUCUCCUGAGCUCUUAAGGGGUGUGACCAUCAUCAGCUGUGCUUGUUCACCUGCUCACUGUAAGAGCGCAGGCCUUGAGCUCCUUCUGUAUCGCUUUAACCUGUGGAAUCGACGGAAGGUCCUCGCGAUGGCUAAUCAGAUGGAAAUCGGUGUUUGGAUUCGAUUGGGGGCGGGGAGGGGCAGGGACUCAAAUCCCUAUUUGCUGUUGGAAGUUGCCUUCCAAAAUCCAGAAUUGCAUUAAGGGCCGAUGCCCAAGAGUGUUUGUAAGGCAAAGAGGGGGUUGGCGUGGGAGAUGACGGUUCCUUUGUAACAAAGAGAACAUGUCACAAAUCCUAUGGUGGGACUGAGGCAUCGUUGGGGCUAACGGGGAGUUGUGGUCCACAAUAUCUGAAGGGCACCAGCUUGGCUGAAGCUGCUGUAUAGGGUCAAAAUUGAUCUUUUGGGUCUUCUAUUUCCAGUUGGUUUUGCUGAUUUGAUCUGCAGCAUUGCAGAGACCAAAAGCCAAAGCCUGCCCUGUGAUGUUGUGCUCCCACAGUUGUCAUUGCUAGAGGGAAGCUGCCUUCAGAAGACAUUUUGUCUCUUGUCUCAGUUAAAUGAGGAAAAUUGUGAUUCUUCUGUAUCUGGCUGGCACUGAGAUGCUCUGUGCAUUUCCCCGGGGGUCCAGGGAGACCAUACAGGGAUCCUUGUUUCAAUAAAGGUUUCAUAUUCCUCUGUA